AUGGAUCGUUUCCUUUGGAGCCACUUGAUGCAACUCAUAUACAAGAUGCGUGCUCAGGUCAGGAUGCAUAAUAUGCGCGUGGCGGAGUCUUAUCCUUCUGCCUUGGGCAUUACUUUACCACCUGAGUGUCAGGCCUUUGUCACCUACCUCUUCCCUUUUGAGGAUGAAGACAAGGGAUGGGAUGGUCGUAUCCCUAAAUGGUACAAGACGCUUGAUUUAGAUUCUGGAACUGAGGUUCCGGAUUCGUACUUGCAAUACACCCCUCGCCCGCUGCCGUCAUCUGCUCAAGAUCCUGACAAUUAUGUUACACAGAGGUUGACAUUGCCUCAAAAAGCACCUGCUGCCGCUUUGCCACCAAUGGAUGAUGAUCUUGCGGAAUUCAUUCAGGCUACCAAGCGGCACAAGCCCAAUUCCCGUCGAUCACUGGUCCAUCUGCAAGUUACCCCCGCUCCUGAAGACUCUUUUGUCUUGACAGAGGAAGGAAACUUUGAAGAUGGACAUGGUACUAAUUAUGUACCCUAG